AUGCGGGGUCAUGUUCAUGUAGUCAUGUCAUGUGUCGGCACUCAGGACUUGCUUGCGACAGGACCAACAAACAGGGCGCACUGUUUGGGUGUUUAUGCGAAGAUACAUCCAAUCUUCGCCUGGCAGCCGUUUUGGUUUUGUUUUCUGGCUUUUCACCUUCUUCAUCUUGCUUGUGCGCCAAUUCCCCCUUCACCCGUUGCAUAUCCACCCCUCGUCUCCUCGUCUGUGUUGCUUUGCUGCUUGUUGCCUCCCCCUCCUCCCCUCGCCUCAUUUGCGUUCUGCAACAACAACAACACAAAGAACACAAACAAGAUGUGCCAGUUCCUCUGUGAUGGCUCACCCACCGAAGAUGAUCCGCGCAAGGACCUUCAGGAUCGUCAAUGGGAGACGUCCAUGCUCAAGGCCGGCUGCAACCAGCCGCUUGGUUGCUGCUGCGCCAUGUUCUUCCCGUGCUGCUGCGCCAUGUACCUGCGCUACAAGGCCCUGAACGAGGACAUGAGCAAGUACUCCUGCUGCCAGGGCUUCAUCUGCCCCAAGUGCAUGAACUGCGUGCCGCUGCAGGAGUCGUGCCCUUGGCUUUGCCUGUGCCUCGAGGUCAGCAUCUGUGAGGCGUGUGCCAUCUCCGCCACGCGCAUCUACGUGCAGGUGGAGCGCCAGAUCAUCACGGACCCUUGCGACAACCGCAUCAUUCGCUUCAACAACUGCAUGCAGAUUCUCUCGUGCAUCUGCAACAUCCUUGCCAUCUUCAUUGAUGGUCUGGAUGCACUUGCUAACCUGAUUGAUCUCAUUGCCGACAUCGUCUACUGCCUGACGCAAGCGUGCAUGCAGGCACAGACGUACCACGAGCUGAAGCUCCACCCCACCUCUGUGGACUAUGAAGGUGCCGGCCAGGGUGGCAAGUACAUCAACCAGCAGCCACAGGGCCAGCCCCAGCAGCCAUACCCUGGCCAGCAGGCUGCUUACCCACCACAGGGUCAACAGGGCUACCCACCACAGCAGCAAGGCUACCCACCACAGCAGCAGCAAGGCUACCCGCCACAGGGUUAUCCACCCCAGCAGCAGCAGGGCUACCCACCUGCCUACUGAGUGGAGAAGUGGGGUGCGUGCACUGCUAAAAUGGCGAGAGCGCACGCUUCCCUGCAGCAUUUCUUGCUGCUGUUGCUCUUCUUCUUGUGUUAUGUGGCUCUUGCUGGGGGACCUCUUCUUCUUCUUCUUCUUCUUUCUUCUUCAUGUGUGUGCAUGGGUUGCGUUGCUGCCAUGUUCUUCAUCCGCUUGUGUCUGCUUGUGCUUUCGUUGUCUUGUUGUGCUAUUGUCUGUGACUACCGCCCGCACACCCUCUCCCCUCUUCCUUGCUCUUCCGUGGUGUUCCGUUCGAUGAUGUCAGCCUGCGAGGCGUCUGUGCUGCGCAGUGUUACAACAACACCUUUCCGUGGUGAAGCGUUUCCUUUCUUUGAAGCAUUUCCGUCCCCAAUGACGGUGCUGGUGUGUGUCGUGGUCGUUUACAAUGGAGACUGAGAAAGGAG